AUGACGGCGAGAAGACGAGCAAAGAAGUAAGUGGAAAGGUUAUUGUUUAAUUUCGCUUCGUGUGCUUUUAAUGUGGUUAGGCCAUGUUGCGCCUGAGUCGAUGUGAAGUUGAACUGGAGGAUGUGGGUGUAGUUUUAGCUUCAGUUUAGCUCAUAUUGACUCAGGCACUAAAUUGCCUAACCACAUUGAAAAGUACACGAAGCGAAAUUAAACAAUAACGUUUACACGCUUCCGCUGUGGCUUUUUUUUAAUCUGCACCGUUUCGUUUUUUUUUUUAUUAACAGCAGGCUUCCGUUUCUUUUUUUGUCAACUUAUGUUGUGGUUUCUUUUUUUUGCAUUAUUUUUUAACUUGCAGCAGUGGUGUUCCUUUUUUUUGUUGUUUUUAAUUUUUUUUUAUUAUUAUUUUUUUUUAUUUGCAGCAGUGGUCGUUCUCAGCCACUGUACAUAAUAGCAUUAUGGCACUGUCCACACAGAUCAUUCCACAUUUUGUAGGUGGCAAAGCUCUCUAGGCUCGAAGGGAAAACGGUCAAGAAAUCAGCAAGACGAUUAGUUAUUGUGCUAUAUAAAAUUAGAAAAAUGAUUAUGUGACCCUUAUGUAAGAUAAUUCGAACAUUUAUAAACAGCUGUCUUGCACAUUCAAAGUUUUUUUUUUCCAAACCUUUAUUUCAAUUCUUCAGCAAUGACAAUUACAUAUUAUUGAACAUGGGGUAGCUACAUUCAUUUGAGAGGAAUCAAGACUUUGCAGAAAAAAAACAAAAACGAAGAGAACAGAAAAAUUUAAAAAUCAUAUUCCAGCUCACAAAGAUACAUGAGUUAUAAUAUAAACUAGAAAAAUUGCAUUUCCUUGCAGAAAAUGCGUGGAAAUGCUGAGUGCUGAAAGCUGAAAAAGCAAUGCUAAACUGCUAAUAAAACAUGGAGAAAGGUAUAAAUGUUAAAGCUGUUGAAGGGGUGAGAAAGAAAUGUAAGUUGGAUAAUUGAUUAAUUGGUUGAAGGACAAAUAGUAUGAAUAUAAUCUAUAAAAAGAAAUUUUAUUCAUGCUGAAAGAGGCUAGAAAAAUGUCUAAAAUUGCACAAAGUUUGACUGAAGAAGGAAAUUUCCUUAAAAGGCAGGAAGGUGAGAAGUGGCAUAAGUUUAAGUUGUAGUACUAGAAGUAGUAUAAGAGGUCAAGUCGUGAUACUAGUAGUCAUGUCAGCAGUAGAAGUAGUUUGAGAAUAAAAGAAGUAUAAGUCACAGUAGUAGAGAAAGUAGAAAUAGGAGCAAUAACAGCAAUAGAGAAAGUAGAAAAAGGAGCAAUAGCAGUUGAAGUAGAGGGGAAAGUACUAGUUCAUUUGACAUUAGCAGUAGUGGUCGUACUUGAGGUAGGAUUUUGUUUGAAGGAUGGAGUAAUGCAUAAAUAUUAAAACUUAUUUAAAACAGGGAAAAUUUAAAUAAUCAAAAAUCCUCAAGUAUCAGAAAUUUUUAAAGUAUUAGAAAGGUUUGAAUCAGUUUGAAUGAGUUUAAAUUAGUUUGAAAAAUUAAAUGAUAAAUCAUCACUGAGUGACUUUAAAAUGUGAAAAAUUUAAAUGAAUCCUGAAUACACCCCAUAAUGUCCUCAAUGAGUUUAAAUUUUAAAGCCCUGAAUGGUUUCUGUAGGUCAAAGGUCAGGUGAGGAGAUAGGAGCUGAAGUUUUUUCAAGCGCUCUAGAAAAGGGUUUUAAGUGUCAUCCCCAGUGCUAUGUGUACUGAGCCUGGCUUCAUGUGUCUCAUAUGGCCAUUAAAAGCAGCUUUCUAGUCAGCUGUGUGUCUCCAGGUGCACAAAUUGGUUGCCAUGGGGACCAUGGAUGCAUAACUAUAGCAGGAGAAAGAAGGCUUGAAGCUAAAGAAACAGGACUCCAAGUAGGCCCUGACGCUCACCCUCUGUAUAUAUUCAUAAGGAGCUUGUGAGAACACAAGACUCUGCUGAACACAUUAAUACAAUUAAUUAUCACAAUCCUCAAAACACCCCAUAAUAUCUUCAAUGAGCUGAAUUUUUGAAGCCCAGAAUGGUUUCUGUAGCUCAAAGUUUGUGGGUGGAGAUAGGUGGUGAAGCAGACACAUAUUAACUGUGUGUACAAGCAGCUGAACUGCAAGGUGGACCUCAAAAAGCAACAAGUACAAGAAUGUGUGUGCGUGUGUGUGUGUGUGUCUCGUUAAUGACUGCAUCCUAAAAAGCUGUGAGAUCAAAGGCAAAUCACUAACCUACUGUUUGACUGAGAGGUGCUGAACUGCAGUGAAUUUCAGCCUGUGAACUUCUUCACAUAGCGUGUUUUCCUUAAGUCACAGAAUGAAAAUAAGAACAUCGUACGAAUCCUCCGUCCUUCAUGAACACAAUGAUGUGUUUUUCAUGUCUGUACUUCGAAAAAUGAGGCCACAACAGCGAGUUAAAAAAGUCUGAGCCUGAGCGAUGAUCCGGAUUUUCUUGGAGAAAAAUAACAUUAUGGUCAAUGGGAGAGAUUUCCGCCUUCCUUGGACAGUUGGUCACCUGCUGGCCAAGGGGUACGAUUUCAUGAUUUGAAACCUCUUUUGUGAGAAGCAGGACACAUAUACCUCCAUUUUGAUGUAUUAUUUGUGUCAGUGGAGUGAGAUUUGUGGGCGUGGGAGCGAUAUAUUCGAGCGAGGUUCUGUCGAUCAGAGACGAGGUCUGCACUCUAGCUGAUGACAUCAUCACUCUAAACUCUCCAAUACACACCCAUUAUAAAGCCUGAAAAUUUGCUGAAAACCACAAGUUGCUUAAAGCUAAAUUGUGGAAAAACUGUACAAGAUAUCAAAAAACUGAGUACAACUUUAAUAGUCGACAAGUGAAUGAACAUUUUAAAGCAAAAAUGAGGUCUCUAGGUGAAAGUAUGCUGAAGUUAUAAGGUCUAGAAGGUGGAAGAAUAAAAGGAAGAAGUGGAAGAUUUCCCCAUUGACUUCAAUGUUAAAAUUUUUGCACAAAAAGUAAAAAAAAACAAAAAGUAUAAAAGGUAGAAAGGAAAAAAAUACAAGCACACAUGUCCUGAAGGAGUGGAAUAGUUUAAAGUUUGAAUGGUUGAAAUCGGACAAAGUUUGAAGGAGGAGAAGCGUGACAAAAAACGGCGGAAGAAUAAUAAUAAGAUUAAAGAAACAGGAGAAUAACAAUAAGUGGAAAUGCUUAAUCAGCAUUUCCACUUAAUGAUGACAUGGGGAUCAUACAUUCAGUUCAGAUCAUAGAACUGAAUGUAUGUUCUACAUUCAGUUUAUUCCUCCUCGCUGGGUGAAGCCACUCUGAGAACAGCACCCUCUGGUGACGGGCUGCAGUAUAGGUCAUAAAUCCCGCCUCCGCCAGCAAAGCUUAUGUGCUGCGUCCGAAUUGCCAAGUAGUAGUCGCAGUAGUAGUCGGAGUAGUAUGUAGCAUGUCCGAAUUGGCCACCGGAGCGAGUAGCAUGCUACUUCAGAUACUACUUCAGAUACUAGACACGCCCACAUUGUAGUAUGGUCGCGGUGCAUACCUACGGACAUGCUACUGACCCAAAAUGCACCGCCGGCAUCUUCUUCGUCCUCUUAAAAGUUGUAGAAGCGCAUGUGAUGCUAGUGCCACCAGCUGCUGCCUAUUUAGAUGCGUCGCGAACGCCGGCUGGCCACAGCAGCGCGCACCAUGGCGGAGCAGCGGCAGCAGCAGCAGCAGGAGGCAGGACCGCAGCAGUACAGAUGUAAGUUUCAUGUAACUUCACACACUGUCCUAAAAAAUGUGCGGUUGUAUCUCUUUGUCAUGUCAUGGUGUCAUAUUUGCCCAAGUAAUAAUUUUAUGAGCAAAUAUGUGGCGACAUCAUGGAGGAAAAGCUCACUUAUUCCAUCAUUAAACUGCACAGCUGCAGUAAUCAGGCAGAUCUCAUUGAACAAACGAUCACCACGUGAGUGAAUGAAGGCUAAAAGUAAUGGAAAAGCUACUUUGUGAAUUUUUAAAGCAGUGCAGGAAUAUAAUACAGCAGCAUCCAUCGCUUGCACAAUUACCAUUCAAAGAGUCUAAAACUGUCUGCACGGGCGCAGUACCUCCUCUCUGCCUGCGGGGGUCGUCUUUCCCCACCGCUCGUCUAGUGUGUCUGAAUUGGGCCAACGUGUUUAGUAUGUAGGAGUAGGAUCUAGCAGUAGUAUGUAGUAUGCGAGCGCGCAAUUCGGACGCAGCAAUGGAGUUGUGGACAAACUUUAGAAAUUUAUUACACAGAACAUACAUUCUUCUCCCCCCUGCUUGCGGUGUUGAGAUGUAGUUACUGUAAGACUGGUUUGUGUUCAAGUCCUCUUUUUUCUGUGCAGCUCAGUUUUUAAAAGUUAUUAGGGGCUGCAUGUUUUCUAUGAUUGACACUUGAUACAGCCUAUGGGCAUUCAGGGAUUGUGUAGCUCACCCAGGGGAUACCCUGUUUGAGCCGAGCGUCAUCACAGCAACUCUCCCGCCGAAUGCGCACAACGCUACUGCGCAAUGCUGGUUUCAGGAAAUGAAGAAAAAUCGCGGAAAUACCGAGAGCUUUUUGGCUUCAAAUCAGCAUACAGGCAGGAAAGUCAUGGUUCGAAUUGCUUUCUUAUUCGUUAGUCCAGUUAGUGUCUUAGAAUAUAUCUUCAUUUCAUUUUUAAACUGGUGGAUAUUUGGCUUCUUUGUAGACAAUUUACAUUUAUGUAUAUAAAAUCUUCCAUAAAAAGUAAAAAGGUUUAACAAAAAAUACGACUUCCAUGCUCAUGUUCUUUUUUUCAAAAUAAAAAAAAAUCUCUCCUUCGCAGGUUUAUCUUACAUCCAAACAACGACUCAAAUAUAUACUAUAUACAGUCUAUGGUCAUGGCACAUUCAAAGCUGCCGGCUAAAAAGGGGGUGUGUCUUACAGAGUUUGCCUGACAUGUACGCAUGCGCAAUAGACUGACCGCGCAGUUCCUUUUGCUCCAGACAUUUGAAAGCUGCGUCUGAGCGGUCCACAGUGACUCUCCAUCCCAUCCGGACUGAAAUAAACCGUGACGGUAGGACGCCCAACUGCUUUAUUGAUAAUUUAUUGAAAGUGUUAGAUCCAAACUUGUAUAUUGUACCUCACAUCAGUAUCUGCCGCUUAAUUUACAAUGUUCGGUAUUACGCUAACUUUAUGGUUAGCACCAAACACAUUAGCAGGCUAAGGCUAACAUAGCAGGAAUGCUGGCAAGGAGACCGGUAGCAGGAUCGGUCUAUUCGCUGGAGUUGAGAUUCUGCUUGUCAGAUAGUUUACUUGCUAUGAUGUUAUUUUAAGACAGUUGACUUAAAGUAUAUUAAUGUGACGUAUAUUUUGAUCUAAAAAGGUGUUUCCGAUCACCAUGUGCUUACAUUUAAUCUUGCUGAAGACCAGACAGCCCUUGGACUGUCAGCAAACACACAUUAGACUGCAAAACCGAUCUGCAGUCCGCUAAAGGCAGAAACAGGCGAUGUAGCCGCUGAAGCUAAGCUACCAGCUAGCAAGCUAACGUCAGAGGCAGACUGGAUCCAUGUGUGAACUAGCAGGAGAGCCGUGGACUUAGUUUGGACCCAGAGACAGAAAAACGAAACGUGAUCAUUAAAACAACACGUGGAUCGUUUGUACAGCAUUCUCAGCACACAUCAGGUCACAUAUAAAAACCAAUGUAAUCCUUGAGAGAGCAGAUCACACGUUGGUUUGCUGAAAUGUGUGUACAUGAUUAAUCAGCUCUCAGUCAUCGAGUCCAUCCACAUACAGUCAGUGAAGAGGCAGCAGGUAUCUAUAAAUCACAGCCAAAUACAGUGUCCUUCAUAUCUGUGCUCUUGUGUCUUUUCUCCUUUAGUAACUACUAGCAUGGAACUGAAUGAUGCUAACCUACAAAGCCUUACUGAGUUCCUCAGGAAAACACUGGACCCAGAUCCAACUGUCAGACGUCCAGGUAACGCACCUUAUGUCACAGUCAGCUCUGAUCAAUAUUCAAACACAUGGUAGACUAGGGCUGGGCGAUAUGUGAAAAAGUUUAUCACAACAUAUUUUUUUCAUAUCAGUCGAAAUCAAUAUAGGGCCCUAUAAAAUCUGUUUUAUUUUUUUCCAAAUUCAGUUUCAUUUUUUCCCAUUUUUGUGUUAUUUUUUUUCUGUUUUAAUCUUUUGAGAAUUCAGCAGGGCGCAGACCCGGGGCAACUCCCCUUUUCAUUGGCUGUUCGUAUAGUCUACCAAAACAUGGCAGAAUGCCGACGCUUGAAAAGGGUAUUGACCAUGUUUUAUAUUGAUAUUGACGGAAAUUAAUUUUCGAUAUAUCGUAGAGCUGCUGCUAUCGAAUAGUUUAGUAAUUGAGUAUUCUACUGAAUAUUUUAUCAAUUACUGGAGUAAUUGGACCCAAAUGGCAGACUCACAUAAAGUUAGAUUUCCUGUAGCCCCACAAUGAAGGCCAGACUCAGAGAAAUAGAGGACAAUCAUGGAAAAUGUAUUAGUGGAUUGCAAUGCUUGUAAGAAAGCUAAUUAUGAUAUUAACUUACAUCAUGCCUCUAAAGACAUUAGUGUCCGAGAGCUAAAUCGCUCCAAUGUUACCUGCUUCUGCUACUAAACCAGCAAUGUUAGGCUACAAGCUAACGUGAAGAGAAGUGUCCAGAACAGCACUGUCUCCGCCCACAACUCAGAGGCUAAGUGCUAAUGAGCUACUGAAGCUCUGCACAAGAAAACAGUGUUGCCAACUCCUCAGUAAGGAAAGUCGCUAGUGGCUGCCGUAAAAGUCGCUAAAGUCGCUAGGUUGGCAACACUGCAAGAAAAGUCCCUCUCAUCAUUUUUUUUUCGCUCCACAAAACCUGAACAGCGCUUACUCCUUCUGCUGAGGUGACAGAAGCAUAUUGUGUAACCUUCAAAAGAAUCCUUGCAAAACAGUGACGAUUUGAGCUUAUAAACGAAUACUCGAGGCAGAGAAAAUUCCUCAAUCAUUAUUUGUAAUUGAGGUGCUCAAGGUCUUUGAGGAAUCGUUUCAGCCCUAAUAUAUUGUUAUCGUUUUAUCGCCCAGCCCUAUGGUACAGCUAUUUCUUCUACAUAUUCAACAGAUUGGAUUGCCACUGACUUUUAACAUUUUCCCUUUUUUUUUCCUCUCUCAGCUGAAAAGUUUCUUGAGUCUGUAGAGGGAAACCAGAACUACCCAUUAUUACUUCUUACCUUAUUGGAAAAAUCUCAAGACAACGUCAUUCGUGUUUGUGCUGCUGUCACAUUUAAAAACUACAUCAAAAGAAACUGGCGCAUUGUGAGUCUUGCAAUGCUUGUAUUUUUUUUUCUUUAUUGGACAAAUUGUACUGCGUGAACACUCAAGUUUUAUUUCUUUAUCUGCUUUGAUUAGAUGAUCUUAACUGUGUUGGUGUUUUCUCCAAGGUUGAAGAUGAACCAAACAAAGUCUCUGAUCCAGACCGGACAGCGAUAAAAGCAAACAUUAUAAAUUUGAUGCUGAGCAGCCCCGAACAGAUUCAGAAACAGGUACAUGCUGAAAUGUCACAGUGGCCAAAUGCCAUUUUUUAGGUACCAAUAAAAGAUGUUUAAGUAAGCCUGUUUCUGUCCUGUGAUUCUCCACAGCUGAGUGACGCUAUAAGUAUAAUAGGACGGGAAGAUUUCCCUCAAAAAUGGCCGGACCUGCUUACUGAGAUGGUGACACGCUUCAGAAGUGGAGAUUUCCACAUCAUUAACGGUGUGCUUCGUACAGCACAUUCCCUCUUCAAGAGGUAGAGUUCUCAGUGAAAUUACAGGAAAAGUUUUAUCACAACAUUCAAGCAGAUAUUUGAAAAUCUUUUCCUCCCUCUAUGCUUUUAUUUAAAGGUACCGCCAUGAAUUCAAGUCAAAUGAGCUUUGGUCAGAGAUCAAACUAGUACUGGACACAUUUGCCCUACCUCUGACAGAACUGUUCAAGGUUUGUAACAACUGUCUCUUCUGUAACCACUUAAUUUUGAAAGAAACCCUUUGUCAUAUAAUACCUUACCAAAAUAUGGGUGUUUAUAUUCUCUGAUAUUCACUCCAGGCAACUAUCGAGUUGUGUCAGACUCAUGCUACAGAUGUUAAUGCCUUGAAGGUCCUCUUCUCUUCACUCACACUCAUCUCCAAGCUGUUCUACAGUCUCAACUUCCAGGUCAGUUCAGUUUGCUACAUUCUGUAAGACUUUGGUAGUUUUGCAAUUCAUGGCAAUCACAGAUGAUGUAUUUUUUCUUGAACAACAAUAGUCUGCUGACAAUCCAUUCCUUUUUUAUGCUAUUUUAGUGAUAAAUUUCCGUGGCAUGUAUUGAUUUGGACAUCUGUAAGGUUGCAAAAUAAUAUUCAAAAUAACAGGAUUAAAAAGCUGUUUGUGUUGUUCUUGGAGAACCAUACAAAAUAUCAUUGAGUGAGCUGUCAUCAGCCCUAAACAAACAACGCUUCACCCUUAACAAAAACUGUUAAAUCUGGUUCAUAAAAUGCAUUUACAGUACCUUCUUUGUAAUUUUAAAAAGUGACGCCUGUAUUUAACAGCUGAUCAAAGAAGCACAUAACUGUGUGGCUUUGCUAAAUAUGUUCAUUUCAUUGUGUUGUGAAAGAUAGUUAAAACCUUUUCUGAAAGAUCUACUUAAUACACUGUCUUUUAUACACGUGUGACAUACACUACAGGCCAAAAGUUUGGAAGCAAGGCCAUUACAGGCCAAACAGUUGGUAGUAACUUCAAGUUUUUGUUCACAAUGCUUUUUUAAAAUCCAGCAUGAGUUUUAUGUAUUUUGGGAUGUAUUUACUCCAUAAUCAGAUGUUGCUUUCAUGAAAAUGCACCAUUUUACUCCAUUUACCUUUAGAUAUACAUUGAUGUUAACAGACCAUUGCUAAAUAUAUGUCAGCAAAAGAUAAUAAGGGCUUAGUUUUAGGGUUGAAAACAUUAGCAAGAGUCACAACUUCAGUGCAAAAGCUAAAAAACAAAUCACAGUUGGAUUAUUCACUUCAAUUUUUUGCCUUUUGAGAGCCUGCAUACCAAAAUCCUAAUAAAUCUCAACUGCAUUCAAACUACCGCAAAAAUGGCUAGAAAGAAGCAACUGAGUAAAGAAACAAAAGUAAAGAUUUGUACAUUGAGGAAAAAAGGAAACACAAAAAGAGAAAAUUGCAAAACGCCUAAAGGUGUUUAACAAAGGAGUCCACUACACUCUGAAGAGACUAGAGGAACCUGGAAGUUAUGAUGAUAGAAAAAGGCCUAGACGAAAGAGAGUUACUGCAAAAGCAGAGGAUAAACAUAUUAUUGUCACCAGUAAGAGAGAUCGGCAAAAGACAGCACCAAAAGUAAGGGAGGAAAUCAACAUGACAAGGUCAAAACCCAUAUCUCUGACAACCGUGAGAUGACGUUUGAGGAAGGCUGGUCUGAAGGGUUGUGUAUCUGCAAAAAAACACUACUUCGUCCACAGAACAAGAAAAAGAGAUACGAGUGGGAAAGAGCUCUCAAAAAUUGGACUUAUGAUGACUAGAAACAAGUUUGCACUGUUUGGUUCAAAACGCAGAGUCUAUGUCCGCAGACAAACUGGUGAACGUCUGAAAGCACCAUGUGUUACACCCACAAUUCAGCAUGGAGGUGGUAGUUCCAUGGUAUGGGGAUGUUUUGCAGGUGAUGGAGUAGCAGAUUUGUUUGAAGUAAAGAGUAUCAUGAAGAAGGAACAGUACCACUCCAUCCUCCAGCACCAUGCUGUUCCAUCUGGACUCAGACUCGUGGCUCAUAAGUUUGUUUUGCAGCAAGACAAUGACCCUAAGCACUCUACCAAGCUCUGUCAGGGUUACCAAGACAAAAAAGAAGAGGAAGGUGUUCUUCAAAAGAUGGUUUGGCCCCCUCAGUCUCCAGACCUUUCUCCAAUUGAGCUUGUGUGGGAUGAAUUGGAUCGAUCGGUCAGAAAAAUGCGUCCCACGAAUCAGCAGUCUCUUUUUAAUGAACUUAAGAAAGCUUGGAAUGCAAUCCCUGGAACAUACCUUAAAAAACUUGUGGAACGAAUGCCUGGUAUAUGCCAAGCUGUUGUUAAAGCCAGAAGAGGUUACUUGAAAGAAAGCAAAGUCUAAGCAACAAUAACUCAAAUACCUAAUAAUUAUAGUCAAAAUGUCUUCUGAUAAGUUCCUCUUUACCUAAUGUUUGUUGUCAUGUUUAUUGUGUUGCAAAGUAUAUUUAUGAAACUAUGAUCUUUUUUUGUACAAAUCUGAUCCUGCUUCCAAACCUUUGGCCUGUAGUGUAUAUUGUGGAUUUGUAAUUAAACUUUUUUUUUUUUUUUUUUUUGCCAGGAUACUAAAAUUAAAUUGUUUUAUCGAGUAUUUUGAUCUAAGAAUCAUAACAGUAAAAUGUUUUGUAUCACCACAUUGUCAGAACGUUAUAGUUAAUGCAAAGCAAUCAGUCAAAACCCACCUGUUCAGAAUAGCUUUUUGAAAUUACCCAUUUUAUACUGUGUUUUUGCUUUCAUUUUAUUGUGCUAUAGUACUGUUUUUAUCUGUAAAGUGACCUUGAGUUUUGAGAGAGGCACAAAAAAUAAAUAAAAUAAAGAUGUAUAUAUAUAUUUUUUAAUGAUGAAUCAUCAUAAAACCCGUAAAAAAAUACUCUUACUCUGAGGAUGUAAACAAAAAUCAGGAGUGAAAAUUUCCUCUGUGUUUAAAUACAGGACCUCCCAGAGUUUUUUGAAGACAACAUGGAAACGUGGAUGACCAAUUUCCACGGUCUGCUGACUUUGGAUAAUAAACUCUUACAAACGGAUGUGAGUUUUCCAAAUUUUGCUCAUGCGGUACCCCCUGUUGUGCCACAUAUACUUGUCAACAUUUGUUUGUUUUCUCACACCCUCAUAGGACGAAGAGGAGGCAGGUCUCUUGGAGCUGCUCAAGUCUCAGAUCUGUGACAACGCUGCUCUUUACGCUCAGAAGUAUGACGAAGAAUUUCAGCCAUACCUGCCACGCUUUGUCACAGCCAUCUGGAACCUCUUGGUCUCUACUGGCCAGGAAGUCAAAUAUGACCUGGUGAGAGUGCGCCUUUUUCCUGACUGUGUUUCUAUGUUGUGUCUGAAAGUCAGCUCCUAGUACUAACAAUACACUUUGUCUCUGUUUCAGCUGGUUAGCAACGCUAUCCAGUUCUUGGCAUCUGUCUGUGAAAGGCCACACUACAAGCAUCUGUUUGAGGAUCAGAAUACACUCACUAGCAUUUGUGAGAAGGUCAUUGUGCCCAACAUGGAGUUCAGAAGUAAGUCUGUGCUUCAGUCUCUGUCAUUUGAUACCACAAAGAAGUCUCAUCAGCGACUGGCUGAUUCCUUGCUUACUUGUGCUUGUACACUGUGUAGUACUAACUGUAUUGUCUUUGACGGUUGAUAAGGUGCUGAUGAAGAGGCCUUUGAAGAUAACUCUGAAGAAUACAUCAGAAGGGACCUGGAAGGAUCUGGUAAAGAAUUCGAUUAUUGAUUACCAAUACCGUAUUUUUCGCACUAUAAGGCGCACUUAAAAUCCUUUUAAUUUUCUCAAAAAUCCUCAGUGCGCCUGAUAAUCAGGUGCGCCUUAUGUAUGAAUUCUGGUUGUGCUUACUGACCUCGAACCGAUUUUAUGUGGUACACAGCGCUCAAAAAUCUGCCAAAAUGUUUUAUUACGACUUUGGUGAGCUACAAAGCUGCACAGCCUGAUGGCUUGUUGGAGCACUGCAGCUACCAUAGCCUUGUGGAGUUAUUGAAUGAGUUAAAUAAAGUUCGACUAAUCUGACUGUUUUGUUUGGCGUAAUGCGCUUUAUAGUCCGGUGCGCCUUAUGUAUGAAAAUAGACACGAAUAGACGCGUUCAUUGAUGGUGCGCCUUAUAAUCAGGUGUGCCUUAUAGUGCGAAAAAUACGGUAAUGUUUAUAUGAGUGAUAUUCAACUCCAUAAACAUACUUACUUACACAGUUUUUCUGUUGGUUUUAAUACUAAAAACAAGAAGUGAUUUUUUACAAACGUAUGCUCAUGAUGGCCAUGUUCUUGUUUUACCCCUUCAUCCUCCUAGAUAUCGACACUCGUCGCAGGGCGGCCUGUGACUUGGUCAGAGGCCUUUGCAAGUUCUUCGAAGGUCCAGUCACUGCCAUCUUCUCUGGCUAUGUGAACUCCAUGUUGACAGAAUAUGCCAAGAAUCCUGGAGAGAACUGGAAACAUAAAGAUGCUGCCAUCUAUCUGGUCACAUCACUAGCCUCUAAAGCACAGACGCAAAAGGUAUUGUUGACUGUCACUAAAGAUGCGUGUCUGCCCUGAACCGAAUUGUUGAAGUCCUUAAUUUGUGUUUUUUUUUCAUCAGCAUGGAAUAACACAAGCGAAUGAGCUGGUGAAUCUGAACGAAUUCUUUGUGAACCACAUUCUCACAGACUUGAAGUCGCCCAAUGGUAAGAAGAUUUUUACAGAUUUUGUUGGCAUCAGAUUCAAAAAGAGAAUUCAGUUAUACAAACCAUGAAAAGCUUUUAACAGCCUUUCCACUUGUUCCUCCCAUUGCAAAAGAUUAAGCCACUUUGAAAGCAAAGUUUACAUGCAAAUAAACAAAAAUUGACAUUAAGCAAUUUUUGAUAUUGCAGUAAAUGAAUUCCCAGUGCUGAAGGCAGAUGCCAUUAAGUAUGUCAUGAUCUUCAGAAGCCAGGUAAAAAAAACAAUCUCAGUUUUCUCUCAACUUGAAAAUUUCUAAACUCAAACUGAAAGCAUGCCGACGUUUGAUUCUGCUCUUUUACAUUUUAGCUUCCUAAGGAGCAGCUGCUGCAGGCGGUUCCUCUGCUGAUAAGUCAUCUGCAGGCAGAGAGUACAGUGGAGCACACAUACGCUGCCCACGCUUUGGAGAGGCUGUUCACAAUGAGAGGCCCAAACAACACCACACUGUAAAUAUGAAAAAACAGUUUAAAGUAUUUCUCAAAAGCCCUUUUACCCAGGAAUUACCUGCUGUUCAAAAAAUUUAAGUGACUAUAUAAACAAGUAGGAGUUAAUUGUUUUGAUCCAGAAAAUUCAAUUCUGUCACCUCUUUGGCCAGAACUGGUUUAGAGAACGGCAAAUCUAACAACAUUGUAGUUUUCAUAAUUAAAUGUGUAUGUGGAACGUUGAGCCUUUUUUAGACAGAGCUCGACAAGCCUCCAUUAACAACCCUCCACACAGGGUUUCUGCUGGGUCUUAAAAAGUCUUAAAAUGUCUAAAAUCCAAUAAUUUGAAUUUAAGGCCUUAAAAUGUCUAAAAUCCUCUUAAACCCUCAUAAAAUGUUGCAAAUAGAAACUUGAAAGGUCUUCAAAAUGAAUUGAUGUUAAUAUCAAAUAAAAAUUGAUUUGAAGUUAGUUUAAAAUGUUUAGAUUUUCCUUCAUGUCUUUUGUACUUUUUUGCCAGUAUGGAAGUAAAAUGGAUGUUAAAUUUCUAUUCAUCAUGGUCUUUUAGAAAGGUCUUAAAUAUGACUUGUUGAAACCUGCAGAAACCUUGUCCACAUAUUAUGAUUUUUUUCUCAUUUAUCUCCUGUCUUGGAUAAUCGGCUUCAUUUUAAGUGUACAGCAUUCCUGUAGUAGCAGCUUUAUUGAUUUAAAGAAUGACUUACGGACAGCUGUGAUUCAAAACUGAAGUCUAAAAUUUGUAUUCAUCUGUAGAGCUGCUGACUGUUAAUUCGGCCAAUGUUCCUCUCUGUGUUUAUUCCAGUAUUACUGCUGCAGAGAUGGCCCCCUUUACUGAACAGCUGCUCAACAACUUGUUCAAAGCUCUGGCGUUCCCCGGUUCUGCAGAAAACGAAUACAUCAUGAAAGGUAAACCUAACUCUCCUCAAGCGCGCAAAAUCACAGCAAAAGUAGGGCUGGGCGAUAUGGCCUCAAAUCAAUAUCACGAUAUAUUGAGCAAUUCACCUCGAUAACGAUAAAUGUACAAUAACUACUCCACAAGCUGCUCACCCCCUCCCACAUUAACUUUGUCUACUUCAGCCGCUACAACUUUUGAACCGUCCUCCAUCUACUCACCUGUCUUUUCCUCUUUGUUACGGACUGGAUGAGGUGGAGUCACAUCUCUAAUGUAGGACAGCAUCUUAAAGGGACAUGAGACCAUAGCCUACCUACACACAUCCAAAAACAACUUGUAUUUAUUUAUUUAUUUUUGACACCGAAUAUACCGAUAUGGGCAAAAUGAUGUCAUUUUUUGUCGUAAAUUUCGUUAUCUGUAAAUUUUCGGUUUAUCGCCCAGCCCUAAGCAAAAGUUCCACAGCUAGCAUCAGACCAACUCCGUUACUCAAAGCCUCAUCAUGUCUACAUUUUUUUCUUUCUUUUUCUUUAAAGCCAUCAUGCGCAGCUUCUCCCUGCUGCAGGAGACCAUCGUUCCCUACAUUCCCACACUGAUCGGUCAACUCACUCAUAAGCUUCUCUUAGUCAGCAAGGUAAUCCGCAGACUGCAUCACUGUAUAUAUCAACCCACAUGAUAUAGUAGUUGCUUACUUCUCAAGGGGAUAAAAGGGUUGAAUAAUCAUACAUGUUGUCAUCCAUUUACAGAAUCCCAGCAAGCCUCACUUCAACCACUAUUUGUUUGAGUCGCUGUGCCUUUCUGUGCGGAUCACCUGCAAAGCCAACCCUACCACCGUGAGCAGCUUUGAGGAGGCGCUCUUCCCCGUCUUCACCGAGAUCCUGCAGAAUGAUGUCCAGGGUGUGUAUCAAAAGUAGGGUUGGGUAUCAUUUGAUUUUGAUCGAUUUCGAUUCCUCGUUUCGAUUCCGAUUCCUAUCAAUUCUCUAUUUCGAUUCUUUUAAAAGGCAGGAUAUUAAAAAAAUGCAUGGUUUAAAUGAGGGCGCUAACCAGAGCUCUUCUUUUUAGAUGAAAUUUCUGAACUUCCCCUUGAAUUUUUAAAUCAUAUUAACUUUUUAAGAACUUUAAUACAAAUUUCUCACAGGGCUAUUUUCAACCAGUAUAUAAAUAUCAAUUUUUGUUGUCAGGUCGUUUGUCUAUGAAAAAGUACAAGGGCUAACAUUAGUUGGAUAUUUAAGUUUACUCACCGUACACAGUACAAUUUGUUUACCGCUUUAAAGUUAGCAGAGGACAGAAGUCAUUUAUUGUUUCAUUUAUCUGAUUCUGACUGGUUAGUGGAAGACCGGUGUUGUGCUGUAGAAUGCACCCCUGCCGUAGAAUGCCUCGCCUCCACUCAUUAGCUUCUUAAAGUGGAAGACAAUGAUCUCAUAUUUUAAAAAACACGGGUAUUAGAUCAUGACAACAUGUCAAAUGGAGCAGUAAACUUUCGUUUUGUUUUUAUGGGUCUCAAAAAUGCACACAUAGAGGUGUACUUGGGUAUAUAAACUGUACAGUAAGCUGUCAAGGUAGAGAACAUUAUAUUUUCGGGACAGCAAAUAUUCAGAAUCAGAGGUCUAUUGUUUUUGGCUUAUCUGAAUAGCCUGAAUGAAAUCAUUAAAGGAACACGCUUUAGAUUCCGUUCAACGGUAAGGAAAACUUGGAUUGUUUUGCCUUGUUGUGUACUUUCAACCGCAUUCUACGGCAGGGGUGCAUUCUAUAGCACAACACCGGCGAAGCGCGUCAAAGACGAGCACUCGGGUAUUUCUCCUCCAUGAAUCCUGAGGUGUUUAAUCAUGUUGGUCGUUUGCCCUCCUUUGCAUGUUGUAACUGUAUUGCUAAUGUUGCAUUGAGAUAAGAGUUCAUUCUUCCUGCUAAAGUUUGCCAAACUUUUGAUCAACGAAGAAGACGCCGCGUAACACCAACGAGGACGGAGCGUAUGAGACGAAGCCACACAGAGAGAGUGAAGAGAGACAGAGAGGGAGAGUGCAUUGUAACCCACAGUGGCUACAUUGCUGUGGGUUACAAUGCACUUUCUCUCUCUCUCUGUCUCUCUUCACUCUCUCUGUGUGGCUUCGUCUUAUAUGCUCUGUCCUCGUUGGUGUUACGCGGCAUCUUCUUCGUUGGUGUUCAGCGGUUAUUUCCUCCGGUCGGCGGACUCCGGCAUCGGAACUUGGAAUCAAAAUUUUAAAAUUUGAACGAUACUGGGAGAAUCGAAAUGUUAGUCCCGGUCCCCAUCGAUACUCGAUUCUCGAUACCCAACCCUAAUCAAAAGAGGCUGUGAGGUGGUUUUCGUUGUACUAAAUGACUCCCCUCAUCUCACGUUUGUCCUGUUUGCAGAGUUUCUUCCAUACGUGUUCCAGGUGAUGUCUCUCCUCCUCGAGAUCCACUCCAACUCUAUCCCCUCAACCUACAUGGCUUUAUUCCCUCACCUGCUGCUGCCAGUGCUGUGGGAGCGGACAGGAAACAUCCCCCCUCUGGUGCGCCUCCUUCAGGCUUACCUCGAGAAGGGAGGGGCUACUAUUGCUGGGUCUGCUGCAGACAAAAUUGUAAGUUGUCACAGUGUCUUCUGUGGUGUACAGAUAACAGUGUGACUGUGUUUGUGUUGGUUUAAAUCUGAUUGUUUCUGUCACCAGUGUUUUGACAUUUCCUCACUUCUCCCUCUCAGCCUGGCUUGCUCGGAGUUUUCCAAAAGCUUAUUGCGUCUAAGGCCAAUGACCACCAAGGAUUUUACCUUCUCAACAGCAUCAUCGAGCACAUGCCCCCGUAAGUCAACUACAGCUUUUAUCUCAGUGUAUAAAUCAUCUUGAAUUGUCUCAACCUGAUCGGUUAUGUCUUUCUUUUUCCAGAGAGUCAAUCACUCAGUACAGGAAACAGAUCUUUAUUUUGCUCUUCCAGAGGCUACAAAGUUCCAAAACCACCAAGUUCAUCAAAAGUUAGUAUAAUAGCUGUCUGUUACUUUCUUUUGACAUCUUUGUCUGCAGAGCAUCGAGAGUAAGCAAAGCCGGCCUCAGCGCACUCUGAAUUAUUAGUAAGAUUAAUUAUAAAUGUUUCCAUAUGUAGAGUUGUGAGUUAGUUUGAUCAGUGUUGUGUUUUUCUCUAAGGUUUCUUGGUGUUUAUCAACUUGUACUGCGUCAAAUAUGGAGCUAUUGCACUUCAGGAGAUUUUUGACAGCAUCCAGCCAAAGUAAGUGUAUUUUUUUCAAUGCUUCUCUUUUAAAGUCAGUGGACAGAGAGGAUAUUGAGAUGUCUGCUGUUGUUAUUUAGUGGGUUCAUCCAUCAGGGUUUUUUUUAGGCAGCAGGAGGCACAAAAAAUUAUAAGGUCUCUGUUUUUGAAUUUGUUGGUGGUCUACAACAACAUAAAUCUGUCCUACUCCCUGCACAGAGACAUCGGGCUUUAGAAAUUGUGCAUUUUUAGAGGAACGCCUGAGCCAGAACUAUACUUGGACUUUUAGGCCAAAAGGGGAAUCUUAAGAAACAAUGAAAGCUGUAGUCAGCUUUGAUUCACAGAUAUUGUAAACUAUUUUAAAGGUGACCUGGUUAAAUGGUGAAAAAGACAGGGUAACACUUAAUUUGACGCCUAUCCCUGUAACGCAUUUUGAAUAUAUGUAUAAUGCGUUAUAAUCACAUUAUAGAACUAUACAACUAUAUUUAUAAACACUCAUAAAUGAUCAUAAUGCUUUAUAGCAAUAAUCAUAACACAUUAUAAAGCAUUUUAUCAUGACUUACAAGGUCAGGUAUUAUAAUGUGUUAUAACUGUUAACAACUCACUGACAAUGCCCACAUAGAUUAUGCAUUGUACAUAUAUUUAUGUGUUGUAAGUUGCUUAUAAACUUGUGUAACUAUCAUUAUAAACACUCAUUAAUAAUCAUAAGGCUUUAUAACAAUAAGCGUAACACACUAUAAUAUCGGACCUUGUAGGUAAUGAUAAAAUGCUUUAUAACUGUAGUUACUCAGUGCUAUAUUAUAACCCAUUAUACAUAUUUAUCAUGUGUUUUAGAGAGAGGCAUCAAGUAAAGUGUUACCAAAGACAGUUUCUAAUAUGUUUCUUUCAUACUGAUACACUUGUGAUGGUGCAUAAUCUCCUAUCCCACAGACAUAGUUUAGCGGAUUUGUAUGAAAUCUGUGUAAACUCAUAAAGGGUUGCAUCUUGAUUACACAGAAAGGCAAGGUGAGACGUAUUGGUAAUGAACUUAGUUCCAGAGCACACUUGACUGUUAGACAGCACAUUUACAUGCAGGGGCAUACAAAUGUCUGCUUAUUUGAAAUGCAGUGCAGACUUCUUGUUUUUUUUCUGUGGUAUAGUAAAUAUUUCCAGUCAUAUAUUUUCAUUUCAGUUUCUUUUUUGUCUUAAAUAUCAGUGGAGAAGAUCACUGACUUAUGACAGAGUAUUAGGGCCACAUUAAGAAAAAAAAUUAAGACUUCAAGAUUUAAGUCGUUAAUUUACGAGAAUUAAGUCAUUAUUAAUGAGAAUAAAGUCAUUACUUACGAGAAUAAAGUCAUAAUAAAAUCAUUAUGAUACUCAUGAUAAUGUGGUGCUGAUGUGCCGAAAGAUGAAGUGUCUCCUUGUUUGAGAAACUUAUAUUGAAGUACAUUUUCACGAAAUGCUCCAUGCCUCUCAUUUCAACAACUGUCAUCUUAAACAGGUUAGAAUAUAAGGACUUUAUUACGAAUUUAUUCUCGUAAGUAGCGAUUUUGUUCUGACUUUAUUCUCAUAAGUAAUGGUUUUAUUACAACUUUAUUCUCGUAAGCAAUGGUGAGUUAAUGACUUUAAUCUGGAAGUCUUAAUUUUUUUUUCUUUCCUUAAUGUGGCCCUAAUACUCCAUCGUACUGACUAAACAUUCACUUUCAUUUUCUUUGAAACUUUUUCUCUUGUAGAAUGUUUGGCAUGGUGUUGGAGAAAAUAAUAAUCCCUGAAGUCCAGAAGGUGUCUGGGGCAGUAGAAAAGAAGAUCUGUGCUGUGGGCAUCAUAAAGAUCCUUACUGAAUGUCCUGCAAUGAUGGACACAGAGUACACUAAACUCUGGUGAGCAAUCAGUUUGAAGAAAAUUGAAUACAUGUCUUUAAAUUUUUGCUUGUCAAAAAAAAAGACAAUUUGUUGAUGUAAGUUAAACCUGAGUCUUUUUUUAUUUUUAUCUUUAACAUCUCCCUCUGUUAGGACCCCUCUGCUGCAGGCCCUCAUCGGACUGUUCGAGUUGCCGGAAGAUGACAGCAUCCCAGAUGACGAGCACUUCAUCGACAUUGAAGACACACCGGGCUAUCAGACCGCGUUCUCACAGCUUGCCUUUGCAGGAAAAAAAGAGCACGACCCCAUUGGAGAUGCUGUCGGCAAUCCCAAAAUCCUCCUGGCCCAAUCACUCCACAAACUCUCUACAGCUUGUCCAGGAAGGGUACGUGUAUGCAUAAAUUUAUAGCUUUAAGCCCAAGUUAUUUUAUUUAUGAUUAUCUGUGUUAACAGAAAAGCUCAGAAGGAUUAGGACUGUGCUUUUCUACAGUUACAGUAAUGGAGAGUCAAAUCAGUGAUUCUUGUUUGUUUAUUUUUGAUGCAGGUGCCAUCGAUGCUUAGCACCAGCCUGAAUGCAGAAGCUCUCCAGUAUCUGCAGGGGUAUUUACAAGCAGCCACUGUACAGUUAGUCUGA